UCAGUUUGACUUUGAAGCCAAUCAUUUGAACAUCGACAAAGGAACACUUUUUAAACACAAUUACGACAUCAAAUCAUUUAAACAAAAUUGCCGACGAAAGAAAUAUAAAAAUGAGUUUUGCGAAUAAAGUAAUUAUAAUAACUGGUGCCAGUUCCGGCAUUGGAGCCCAUGCCGCUUUGCAUUUGGCAACAAAAGGUGCGAGUGUUUCAUUGAUUGGUCGCAACGAAAAGCAGUUGAAUGAGGUUUGUGAACAAAUCAAAAGUGCCGGGGCACCGACCCCGUUGGUAAUCGUAGCUGAUGUCACAAAAGAUGCUCAGCGAAUAAUUGACGAGACGGUGAAUCACUUCGGAAAGUUGAAUAUUCUGAUAAAUAGUGCGGCUGUAUCGAGGAAAUAUAACGCUGAAAAUGUAGAUAUGGCCGACUACGAUUGGAUUAUGAACACCAAUGUACGUGCUAUAGUUGAACUUAUGAAAUUUGCCAUUCCGCAUUUGGAAAAGACAAAGGGCAAUAUUUUGAAUGUUUCAAGCAUUGCAGCAUUACGCAUUCGGCCGAAUUCAUAUGUCUAUAGCAUGUCAAAGGCGGCUGUCAAUCAACUAACCAAAAGUGCUGCAAGGGACAUGGGCCCAAAGCGUAUUCGGAUUAACGCGAUUUGCCCAGGAGUUAUUCGUACACCAAUAUUUGAAAAGAGCUGGGGAUGGAAAUCAGAACAAGUUGAUCAAUUCUAUAACGAUGAGGGUAAACUUUAUCCGGUGGGUCGUGUUGGCGAUGUAACAGAUACAUCGGCUGCUAUUGAAUAUCUAGUCGGAGACUCGGCCGCUUUUCUCACAGGAACUAUACUAACCGUCGAUGGCGGAGCCGUAAUAGCAGGUGUAUGAAAGUAUAAUAACAAAAUACGACCACUUGAUCUUUUUUUUGCAUAACCAUUCAAAUGAAAAUUGGUAAAAAACGAUUAUAGUUAGAAAUGUUCAAUAAAGACCGUUCUUCUCCUUUGUAACGAAA